GGAUUGGCUGAGGAGGGCAGGCUCUCUUUCUCUCUCGCCGGCUUCGCGUGCCGCCGCGUUCCCCUCAGAGAGAAGGAGGCGAAGGAGAGCCGGCUCCGCUCCUCCACCCGCCCCUUAUGCAUGAAGCAGGCCAGAGAAGCGCCGGGAUAUUGACGUGUCUCUCCGUCCGUCGUAACGUGUGGACGCAGCCUCCUCAGCCAGAGACACGAGUCGCGCCGGUUCUUCGUCAAAAUACUACUACUCCUAAUAAUCAUGCCUUCCUCCUCCUCCUCCAUUGAUUGAAGGAAGGAAGGAAGGAAGGAAAGAAGCGGAGGCUGAGGAGGAGCCUCUCCUCGCCGCGCUCUUUGGGGAGCAUCCUCCUCCUCCUCGUCCUGGGAGGGAAGAAGGAGGCGGCGAAGGCAGGGCGGUUGCCUCCCUCAGGCCCUCCCUCUUUCCCCGCAAGAGAAGGAGGAGGAGUGCGGCACCGCAUCGCCUCGCCGGCUCCGUUUAAAGCGCCUGGCUGAAGCAGCAGCGCAGCCGCAGCCAUGGAGGGGAAGCCGCUUCCUCCUCACUCCGGUUCGCCUCCGAGGCUGAAGCCCAGCAGGGAAGGAGGAAGCGCCGGGGCCGAGGAGGCCGGCGAAGGAGUGCUAGGUGGCGGCGAAGGCGACGGCGGCGUUUGUUUGGGGCGCCCGCUGGGUCCGACGCCCAGCCAGAGCCGCUUCCAGGUGGACCUUGUGGCCGAGAAAGCCGCCAAGGAGGAGGGGGAGGAUGGGCCGAGAGCCCCCUCGGAGGCGAAGGGCAGCGAGGAAGCCAAGGGCCGGUUCCGGGUGAACUUCGUGGACCCCUCCGCGGGCGACGAUGAAGGCGAGGAGGACGUGGCCCUGGAGGGCGGCAAUGUCAGCUUCCAGAACGGCGGCGACGGCGGGAGCCUGCACUCGGGCUCCUCCCACCCGCACUACUACUACGAUACUCACACCAACACCUACUACAUGCGCACCUUCGGCCACAACACCAUCGACGCCGUGCCCCGCAUAGACUACUACCGCCACACCGCCGCCGGCCUCGGGGAGAAGCUCAUCCGCCCCAGCCUCGCGGAGCUGCACGACGAGCUCGACAAGGAGCCAUUUGAGGAUGGAUUUGCAAAUGGAGAAGAAGGAACUCCUAGUGGAGAAGCUACUGCCACUUAUACUGCUGAUAGUAAAGGAAUUGUCAAAUUUGGUUGGAUUAAAGGUGUAUUGGUACGAUGUAUGUUGAAUAUCUGGGGUGUGAUGCUCUUCAUUCGACUGUCCUGGAUUGUAGGACAUGCUGGCAUAGGACUUGCAGUUCUGGUCAUUGCCAUGGCUACUGUUGUAACUACCAUCACAGGCUUGUCUACAUCAGCAAUAGCUACCAAUGGCUUUGUGAGAGGAGGAGGAGCAUAUUACCUAAUUUCCAGAAGCCUGGGCCCAGAAUUCGGUGGUGCAAUAGGGUUGAUCUUCGCAUUUGCUAAUGCCGUAGCUGUAGCCAUGUAUGUAGUAGGUUUUGCAGAGACAGUUGUAGAGCUGCUUAAGGAACAUGAAAUACUUAUGUUGGAUCCAAUGAAUGACAUAAGAAUUAUAGGAGCAAUCACCGUUGUCAUUUUGUUGGGCAUAUCUGUAGCAGGAAUGGAAUGGGAAGCUAAAGCACAGAUUGUUCUGCUGGUGAUCUUGCUAGUUGCUAUUUGUGACUUCAUCAUAGGAACAUUUAUUCCAAUGGAGAGUAAGAAGGCUAAAGGCUUUUUUGGCUAUAAAGCUGAAAUAUUUUCUGAGAAUUUUGGACCAGAUUUUCGAGAAGAAGAAACAUUCUUUUCAGUAUUUGCUAUAUUUUUCCCAGCUGCAACAGGCAUUUUGGCUGGUGCAAAUAUCUCAGGUGAUCUUGCGGAUCCUCAAUUAGCCAUACCUAAAGGAACUCUUCUGGCCAUCUUAAUUACUACAAUAGUUUACAUCGGGAUUGCAGUAUCAGUAGGGGCUUGUGUUGUUCGGGAUGCCACUGGAAACAUAAAUGAUACAAUUAUCCAUGAACUGACAAACUGUACUACUGCAGCUUGUAAGCUGAACUUUGAUUUCUCCUCCUGUGCAAAACCAGAUACCUGUCGGUAUGGUCUGAUGAACAACUUCCAGGUAAUGAGUAUGGUAUCAGGAUUUGGACCUCUGAUAUCAGCUGGCAUAUUUUCUGCUACCCUUUCUUCAGCAUUAGCAUCUCUUGUCAGUGCACCUAAAAUUUUCCAGGCUUUGUGUAAAGACAAUAUUUAUCCUGGUUUCCUAAUGUUUGCUAAAGGCUAUGGGAAGAAUAACGAACCUUUGCGAGGAUAUCUUCUGACAUUCAUGAUUGCUCUUGGAUUCAUAUUGAUUGCUGAACUGAAUGUAAUUGCUCCAAUUAUCUCCAACUUCUUCUUGGCUUCCUAUGCCUUAAUUAACUUCUCUGUAUUCCAUGCUUCGCUUGCAAAAUCUCCAGGCUGGCGUCCUGCUUUUAAGUACUACAACAUGUGGGUAUCAUUAGUUGGAGCAAUACUUUGCUGUAUAGUGAUGUUUGUCAUUAACUGGUGGGCAGCGCUCCUCACGUACGUCAUUGUUCUAGGACUCUACAUUUAUGUAACUUAUAAGAAGCCAGAUGUUAAUUGGGGAUCUUCAACUCAAGCUUUGACAUACUUAAAUGCGUUGCAGCAUGCUGUCCGCCUUACAGGUGUGGAAGACCACGUGAAAAACUUCAGGCCACAAUGCCUUGUAAUGAGUGGUGCUCCAAGUUCUCGUCCUGCAUUGCUUCAUCUGGUCCAUGCUUUUACCAAAAAUGUAGGCCUGAUGAUCUGUGGUCAUGUACAUAUGGGCCCUCGUAGGCAGGCCUUGAAGGAAUUGUCGACAGAUAUGGCAAGGUACCAGCGGUGGCUUAUUAAAAACAAAAUGAAAGCCUUUUAUGCUCCAGUACAUGCAGAAGACUUGAGAGAUGGAGCACAAUACUUAAUGCAGGCUGCAGGCUUGGGUAGAAUGAGACCAAACACACUUGUGGUUGGAUUUAAGAAAGACUGGCAGUCAGCUGACAUGAAUGAAGUUGAAACCUACAUCAACUUACUACAUGAUGCAUUUGACAUUCAGUAUGGAGUGGUUGUAAUACGUCUGAGGGAAGGUCUUGAUAUUUCUCACCUUCAGGGCCAAGAAGAAAUACUGUCAUCCCAAGAGAAAUCUCCAGUAACUAAAGACAUUAUAGUUAAUGUAGACUACAGCAACAAGACUGAGACUGUGACUUCUAAGCCAGUGAGUGAAAAGGCUCCUAUCCAUAAAGAAGAGGAAGACGAUGGCAAGACCCCAACACAGCCACUUUUGAAAAAAGAUCCUAAAGGCCUGCGUGUUCCCUUGAACUUGGCUGAUCAAAGACUGCUUGAUUCAAGUUCUCAAUUCCAGAAGAAACAAGGAAAAAAUAAUAUUGAUGUGUGGUGGCUUUUUGAUGAUGGAGGCUUAACACUCCUGAUUCCAUAUCUUCUGACAACCAAGAAAAAAUGGAAAGACUGUAAGAUCAGGGUGUUCAUUGGUGGAAAAAUAAACAGAAUAGAUCACGACAGAAGAGCGAUGGCUACGUUGCUCAGCAAAUUUCGGAUAGAUUUCUCAGAUAUCAUGGUCCUUGGUGACAUCAAUACAAAGCCAAAGAAAGAAAACAUUGCAGCUUUUGAAGAAAUGAUAGAGCCAUUCAGACUUCAUGAAGAUGAUAAAGAGCAAGAUGUUGCAGAUAAAAUGAAAGAAGAUGAACCUUGGAGAAUCACAGAUAAUGAAAUUGAGCUAUACAAAACCAAGAGCCACCGCCAGAUUAGAUUAAAUGAAUUACUGAAAGAACAUUCAGGCACAGCUAAUCUAAUUGUUAUGAGUUUGCCAGUUGCACGAAAAAGUGCAAUAUCAUCUGCUCUUUACAUGGCCUGGAUAGAAGCUCUUUCGAAGGACCUGCCACCUGUUCUCCUUGUCCGUGGGAAUCAUCAGAGUGUUCUUACCUUCUAUUCCUAAGCACAGCAACACAACCUGCAGCUGUGAAGAAAUGGUACUUCAGUGCCUAAAGGGGAGAGACUGAGAUGUUUGACUGAAAUAUUAACAUCACACAAGGCAAAAAGUGACUACUCUUUCACUAUUCCACUGACUUGAAAGCACACAAGGAAAGUCACUAUGCUCCUAAAGUUGUGAAAGCUUCAGUUUUCUUCUAAUUCUUCUGUAAUUUAAUCUUGCUUAAUGGGGAAGGAUUCCUUGGUAGACUGAGGAAUGAAUAAAAAGGUUUUUCUUUGCUACUUGAGCAGCAGCAAUAAAAGUGUUUAUUUUUGAUCAAUGAAAGGAUUAUAGAUUUAUAAAAGCCUUUUAGCCUUGAGGUGCCUUCUGAAGAUAACCAAAUUUCAUCCAUAUACCCGGUUUUGUAAAUUUAUAAAGAAUGUCAGUCCGCCAUUGGCUGAAGCUUUAGAUCAAACUUCCUUUAGUUUCUAGACUCUUCCACCUUACAAUUUAAAAAAUGCUGCAUUCUGGUCUUCCAUCAAGGUAUUAGUUUUUACUGUUGUAUGUUUCCUAUUGUUUGGAAUGGUGUGUGUGUGUAUGUUUCUCAUUUUGUUUUUUGUUUUUUAAAGUAUCUUAUCUGGAAAAGGUAAAUGGGGCAAGUUGGCUGUAAUGAAAAACCAAAUUCAUGAUGUUAAUAUCUAGGACUUUGUACUAUUCAAUUUGUACCACUGAAUAAAGAUAAAGUAUACUAAUUGAGAGAGCAAUUUUCUCAGAUUCCACCCUGUUUUUUCCCAUUUCACUACCUUAGUUGAAGGUUAGUAGGCCAGUUUACAGUCUGCAGCUCCACUUGGAAGCUGCAGUUCUGUUACAGGAUUUUGUAAAUAUCCCAAUUAUACAUGGGAUGCCAUCUAACAGGAUACUUCAGACCUUUGAAGACCUUCUAAGUUAAGUUUCAUUCACCUAUUUAAAUGGGCCGUGUUGUUUUAGAGGUGUCCAAAGGCAACUGAUUCAUUUGUCAGAAUCUAUGUUUAGUCUUGUUAAAUACUCAGGUUUGAUCUUCCUGACUUUUGCAUUUUAAUUUGUAUGACUCCUUGUGUCUUCAAGAACUGCCAAUUUGUGUGCCCUCUUUGCGCGUGCGUGUGUUGACAGCUUUAUAUUUUUUUACUCUGAACUGCUUACUGAAAAAUCACUUGGUUAGUAAUAGUGUUUAUGCCUAAUAUCUGUAAUAGUUGCCUAAAAUUCUUCUGCCUUUUGGCAGUAGUGUGGGGCUGUACACAAGAUGAAACAUUUAUAAUUUCAGUGUUCUGUCAAUGAAGAAACAGAACACAAAAACAAGUCUUUAAGCUAGACAGGAUCAAAGUAAACGAACAGUUCCUUUGGCAGCCCCUGUUAUUGAGAGAAGGCAAUUCUUGCAUACAGUGAUUUGCAUUCCAGUAAAAUGUAAUUCACAUUGUCUUACCAAUGUUGACUGUGUUUUCUCUCUUUCAGAAGUGCAAUACAAGUUGGCUGCCAGGUAGGGUAAAUCAAUGCCAGUAUCUAGUUUUUAAAAGAAAUUAGAAGUUAUAAAAAAUGUCAUUUUUUUCCUGAAAAAAAAAAAGCCAAACAAACCAAACAUUCCUAGUGUGUGACUAAAAACAUUGAUUAUUGCACAUUUGCAGUGCUUAUUGGUGUGAUGGUAGGAGACAGAAUGAUUCAGUGAAUCUGAAUUUCCAUUUUUGUUUAAUGUACAGAAAUAAUAGGGCAUGGACUUAAUGCUGCUAUUCAGACAGUUCCACAGGUACACUUACUUAUAAUUCUGCCCAUUGAGGAAAACGAUUGCUUUUGAUCUGUAAAAGGAACCAAAUGGAAAGUAUGUGUGAUGUGUACAAAAUACCAAAUGUAUCUAAAUACAGUAUGCAUAUAUUGAUGGUAGCAAAUGUCUGUGAAUGAAUAAAGGUUGUUUCUCACAUGAGAAUUCUCAGUCCUUCACACACAUACACAACACACACAAACACCAAGUCAAAUGUUGUAAAAUUUAAUCUUUAAUCUUCUAACACUCCAAUAAAUGUCAACUGUAACUUGUUACCAAAAGGCAAGUUUGUGAUAUAGCCAUUCCAAUUUCUUUUUAGUUUAAAUUCAACUUCUUUUUGGCGCCAUGUUUUCUUCAGUUCCAAUCAGUAAUGACUUGAAAUAAUUGUUUUCCAUUGAUGCUCAGCAAUACUAUUUCUGUAGUCGAAAUUUUUAUUUUAUGCAAUUAGGAAGUGUUUAGUAGCAGAACAAAUCAACUAUUUAUUGUUUCAUUAUGUUUAUAUUAGGACUUCCUUUUUACAUAAUUCUUUUUAUAUGCUUUUCUGUUUAUUUAAAAGGAAACAAUGGUCUUAAUUUAAGGAUUGAGCUUUGGUUGGUACUAUCCACAGUUUGAAAAUGUCAUGUCAUAUUUUGAUAAUAUUGUACUGUAACUGUCACACACAAUGGCUUUUCUAAUGUUUUAACAACAGUUGAGUAUUGCAGUUUCUACUCUGUACUGGGGCAGAAUCACUGCAAUAAAUGGGAGUGAAUUAAAUGUGGUUGCCUAAAUUAA